CCAGUCCACCACCCCGUCCGUCCGGCGCAGGCCCCGCCCCGCCCACAGCAUCGCUCGCGCCAUUGCACCCGGUGCCUGGUGCCGCCUCCCACGCGCACGAAUCGCACCGCGGGAAGGCUCGAGGCCCGAGGGAUCGCCAUAAAGCGCAGGCCGCGGGCCCGUCGCUCCACUCCGGUUCCGCUGCUUGCGCCGUACUUUACCUUCCAGUUCCGGAAGGAAGGAGUCGGUUCUCCAAUCGGGGGCGUCGAGAGCCGGCGGGCGGGGAGAGAGGGAGCCAUGCGCACCAAGCACCUCAUCCCCAACCACGCCGCGGGGCUCACCUACGCGGCGCGCGACUACGCGAUCCGCGACGACUACGGCGGGGGCGACGGCGGCGGCAGCGACCCGUUCGAGGGUUUCCCGGACGCGGUGCUGGGGCUGAUCGUGGCGAAGCUGCCCUUCCGGUCCGCGGUCGCCGCCUCCGCCAUCUCGCGCCGGUGGCGCGGCGCGGUCGCCGCCGCGCCCGCGCUGGACAUCGACUUCGCCGUGGCGUUCCCCGAGGCGCCGCGCCGCAGGGCGGCGUUCGCGGCCGCCGCCACCGCCGCGCUCGCGCCGCGCUCCGCGCCGCCGCCGCCGCACCCGCUCCGCCGCCUCCGGCUCGCUCUCGAGGGCCUCUUCGACCAGGCGUUCGCCGCCUCCGCGGCCGACCACCUCGCCUCGUGGCUGGCCGCCGCCGCGGCGCGCGGCGUUGAGCGGUUGGAGAUCCGCCUCCCGCGCUCCCGCCUCGCCGUCCUCCCGCCCUCCCUUCUCGCCUGCACCGGCCUCACGUCCCUGACGCUGCGCCUCGACCACUAUGCACUUCCUCUGCCUUCGCUCACCCCACUCACCCGCCUAUCCCGCCUCCACCUCGCGUCCGUUUCGCUCAAAGGGGACGAUGACUUCUUCGGAGAUCUCUUCUCGCACUGCACGGAGCUCCGCUACCUGAUCCUUGAACAAUGCCGCAUUAGUGCGCUCCGCCUUGCCGGUCCGUCGCGCCUUUGCUCGCUCGCGAUCACGGACUGUACUUGGACGGAGCAGUCGUCUCUUGCGCUCUUUGAGAUGCCAGAGUUGCGAACCCUCCGCUACUCAGGUGCAAUGGCAACCAGGCACAUAAUUGAUGGCGAAGUUUCUUUGGACGAAGUCCUUCUUGCCAUCGAGAAGCCACAGGUCAAGCCCCGGGAGGCUACUCUCAGAGAGCUUAUUGCUCUGGUUGGCAAUGUACGGAGCCUUUUGCUCUCACCGUGGUGCAUUGAGCAAUUUGAGGAGUGGUGGAAGGUGCGGUUAGACAGGGUGAGGCAGUUGUCAUGCAUAAUUGAGAGGAGGGAAGAAGGUGCUUUAUCCAUUGCACCAUUGCUCUCAAAUUGCCCAAAUGUGGAAGAGCUCCGUGUGUCUGUUGUGCCAUCACAGGGCAAACGUAGACGGUGUAGUGAUGGAGAGUGCCAUGGUGUGCUAUGUAGCAAGGGGGUGGCGGUGAAGCAUCUCAAGGGAGUUAGGAUGAAGUACAUUGAUGAGAGCAAAAGUGGAUUAGAACUGGUGAAGCUCCUGCUCAAGAAUGCACCCCAAUUGGAGACGAUGAACAUUGUGCCUUCCAUGGAUGGCCUUGAGCAGGCCAAGUUUAGGCGCAGGGUGUUGAAGUUCAGGAAGUCCUCUCGGAAUGCCAGCAUCCAGUUUUGCACAGCUGGAUGAUGUGUAGUCCAUUAGCAAUGCUCAAUGUUGCAGUCCAGAAAGUAAGAAAUUAUUUGGCAACAGUCAAUAAGGUUCUUCCUGUCUUCGUCCGGUUACUUAAUCUGUAUAUAGCUGAUAACUAUUGCUGAAUUUCUUAGACUUAAUGGAAUCGUUGCCCAAGAUUCAUUUAGCUUGGCAGUCAUCAA